UCCAAAGCCGGAAGUGGGCUCUCAAUACCCGUAUGUAAACAAACGCGUCUGGGUCGUUGCUGUUUAGUCGUGGAGUUGUGUUUGUGCUGAUACAUUUAUUGUAACCUUAAGUACCUGGUGAGGUGUGUGCUGUGUAGCGAUGUCCCCUUCGUGCUCACAGUGUGGCUCGAAAAAUGUGGUGGAGGAUCAGCUGUAUAGUCAGACGCAGUGGGUGUGUCAGGACUGCGGCUCCGUCAUCUCAGAGGGGACUUUCACCACCGUACUGAGUGAAGAGCAACACUCUACAGCCGUGCCUUAUUACCUCAGCACAGAGGUGACGAAGAAGCCAUGUCCCAACCUGAUCAAAGGUCUGGGUAGCGUGCGCUCUCUGUGCCGCAUCCUCAGGUUAUCCAAACACAUGGAGUCUGAGGUGACAAGCUUGUACGAGCGUGCCUAUAAUCACCCGCACUUUCUGAAUCGCCAUUUGAUGAAGAAGGAGAUGUUGGGGGGCUCCUGUGUGCUGUCCGUCUGCAGGCAGAACAACUGGCCUGUUGCCAUGGGAACCAUCAGCAUGCUGUUAGACGCCGACCCGACUUCCGUAGGCGCCGUCUAUCACGACCUGAUUAAAACCCUGAACAUCCAAAAUACAACAACAAGCAGCUUCACUGAGCUGCUGGAGAGCCACUGUCACGAGUAUAAGCUGAGCCCCAGUGAUGUGCCCGAUGUCUGUGCGGAGUCUGUCGAGCGGUUGGUGCAGCGGAGCUCUGCACUGUUGGAACUGGCCACUGAUGUGUGGAUAGCAACCGGACGCCAACCACUGCCCCUCCUCACUGCGUGUGUGUAUGUGGCCUGGCAGUCUCUCAAACCCAUGGCCCGUAUGAAGUACACCCUGAAUAAGUUCUGUGAGAUAGCAAGGUUGCCAACGUUGAAGCAGUCGUGUGUGACGCGGCGGGACACUGUGUCACGGCGCGUCAGCGAGAUCAGGGAGGCGCUGUGUAAGCUGGGCCGUGUCCUGCCCUGGCUCAGAGGAGGCACCGUCGAGCCCGGCUCCAUCUGCACGCUGGUCGAUGACAUCCUCUCAUACCGCAGAACUCUGAUGCUGCAGGCCAUGAGGAGCUGUGAGCUCGAGGAGGAUGCUGAAGAACAGAGUGCAGCCUCCUCUGAAGAAGUGCACUGGGGAAAAAGGCACCUUUUCCUGCCUCCUUCAGCAAGGAACGCAAAGCGUCCGAGACCCAACUCGCCCGAGCCAGACGUCAACGGAGAUGAGAAUAUAUCAGACACCGAGAUAGAAUCAUACAUUCGCUCGCCGGAGGAGGUGAAGUUCUAUGUGGAGGUGCAGAAGAAACUGACUGAGGACAAGAAGUGAAGGAUUCAACCUGAACACUAGCUAAACUAGUUUUUUUUUUUUUUAACUGUUUUUCAGUUUGUCGUUUUAUUUAAACUUGUUUCGUUGUUCACUGAGUACUUCUGCAAUAUGCACUUUAAACUAGCUUUACUAAGUUCUAUUUAGUGCGCACUACUGAAUGUGAGAGAUGGCUGGUUUGUUUUGUCCUGCUGUUUUCGCAGUAGCUGUUUGCAGUCCAGACAAACGGGAUCAAACACAGCAUGCCUUUACGUCCAUGUAUGGAAAGCUAUAAAUGGGCAUGCCAUGUAAAUAACCUGAGCUUUAUUUCCUUUUGUUUUUGUCGUUCAUGACGUCUGCUGUAUACUGAGUAUUGCUGCAGAUUGCAGUAGUGCACACUACCAAGUGUAAGAGACACAGUCAACGCCAGAGACUGAUAUUUUUUUAUUUUUCAAUUUAUGUGUAAGUUGCAUCACAUCUUAGAGCAGUGCAUUGUGGGAGUCCUUCAAUACCCCUCCCCCCCAUAAGUUCUGCUUUCUGCUAAAGCCUUUACUGCACUCUUGUUUCUCCUUAUCCACUGAAUCCCCUUGGUUUCCAUUUUAAGAACUGUACUAAAAACUGAAGACAUUUUACCCAGAAGGCAUUGCUGUGCCCUAAUACAUUUAUGAGGAUAAAAAUUAGCAAUAUUAUCAGUAUGGGAAUUGCUUCAGUUACAUUGUUCUCGCUGACAGUAUAGAAAUUAAUCCAGUGGUUUUGUUAUCAUUCUAAUUUAAAAUGUUGUGGUUUUUUUUGUUUUGUUUUUUAGGAACUGUUUAUUGGCGAAUAAUUUGGAAGUGUUUUGUUUUUUUUUUCCCCCCCAGUGAGUUAUUUUGAUUAAAAACCAUUUUUCAACACCA